AUGAAAGGGAGGAAGAGGAGGAACCUAGCUUCUUCAGCGAAGCUGGAGGAACCCCUCUUAUACAAGUCGAAUCUCUUUCUCUCUCUCUUUGCUCCAAGCCAACUGGUAAUUGGCCACAUCCUCUUGUUAGCGAUGCUCUUGAUUUCCGAGUUGUUUGCUAGGCUAGUUGAUCAAGGAUUUGUGCUCUCUGAGCUAGGAGUUUUCUUUCUUGGCUUUGUGGACCCUUCUAAACCAGCUUUAGUAGCUCGGGGAACAAACAGGUGUCUUUGCCCCGCUCACACAGAUUUGAUCCUGGCUCAGAAGAUCCGAAUAACCGACGACAAACAAUAA